AUGGAUAGCCUAUUGACUGAGAUUAAGACGGUCUCUAAUGAUCAGCAGUCAUCAUCUAUCACCCCCGUGUCAGAAGCACCUCAUCGCGAUGGCUUGGAAAAGAGCCAACUGGGAUCGGCCGGUGAUCCAACGUCACUAAAUGACAUCCUUGCAUUGCUAAGGUCAAAGCCUGACAUAGACCAGCUAGCACAACUGCUUGUCUCCAUCGACCCCUCAAACAAAGAUAGGCCUGCAACUCACUUCGAUCUCCGCGUCGCAAGCCCAGCAACAGCUCAGAUCCUCAAUGCCUUAGUCAGCGUCACGGUGCCUGAUCAUUGGGAACUGCUGGUCACCAAAACCCAGGGUUCCAGGACAGGAACUGCUAAAGUGCGUGCGUCAUUGUUGAGGUGUCUCAGCAGUGUUGCUGGAGUCAGCUGUCUGCUGGCCCAGAUCCGUUCUCUUGUAGCACUAUCCCGAGCAUCAUCCGAGAAAGCGAAAACUUCGGGGAGCCAUAUUCAGCUUCGAAAUACUCUGAGUGUUGUUUCGGCUUUGUUGGAACCAAAAGAUUUCUGUCUGCGUCUGUACACAAAUAUCGAGGCGCUCUAUGCCAAUGCAACCCAAAAGCAAAUCGCCUGGAAGGAGUUUCUGUCUCUCAUCGCUGCCAGCAGAGUCCUCUCAAGCGCGGCAGAAGCUCUAUCACUGCUUGAAGAAUCUGAGCAGAGCACCAUCUCAUGGAUAGGGGACGGCUAUCGGUACGCAUCUUGGCUUGGAGCCAACGUCUGCCAUAUGGCGUCGAAGCUAGAACACGGUAACGCGGAGGCGUGGAAGGCUCUGGCCUCUCUGAUGGGACGCGCGUUGAGCCUUGGCUACACAGAUCAAUUGGUGCGCGAAGUCUAUACCGGUCUUCUCGUCGAUAAAGCACACUCCACGCAGUACACUUCUUUGUUUGAUAACCUGCGCCCGACAGAGCAAGUCGCGUUUCUGGAGGCCAGUUUUCGCGAUAUCGAGAAGAAAUACUUCUCAACAGAGCUUUCUGGAAGCGUCGCCCAGCCAUCCACCAGUCCGGUUGUCUGCGCAGUUGCCGGCCUAUGCUCAAACCUGGUGGGUAGCAGGCCUCAAUUGCAGGGACAAUUGAUCGAUUGGCUUUCCAAAGGCCAAGGUGGCUCUAUACAGACUUCUGGACUCCGUCGGGCCUUGCUGGCUGGCUUCGGUGAUAGCGAAGACUUGAUAAGAACUUUGUUCACCAAAAGCCUGGAGCAGUCGAACGACAAAUUCUAUAUUAAGCAUGCUCCCAUGAGAAGCCAGGAAGCAAACACACAAGUUAUUCUUCUAGCCGCUGGAUCUCUCCAACGCCUAAAUCACUGGGCGGUAAAGGAGUUAGGGCACUCAGGCGUCUUCCUAAAUACCGUCUCAAAUCGUUUAGCAGCAUCCUCUACAAAAGCUCGCUUCCUAGGCAUGAUCAUUGGAACUGCAGUGUCACUGUUGGUCGAAAAACCAGGUAAAGAAAUGAAGUUCGGCCUAGACGAAAUGGAAAGUGAAGAGGCCCUCUGGUAUUUGAGCCUACUCGAAGUCAAGGACAGCAUCGGCUCGUUGGAAUCGCUGCGAGCUCCUCAAAACCUGCCAACUCUACAAAAGAGUGCCACAAAGACCACUCCUGCCUCGACACCUCGCCAGAAAACAGCAAAGAUUGUGUCCAUCGAAGAGGUGGAUGAUGCAGCAACCGAGCUUUCAGACGACGAAGACGAUCUAAUACCUUACGAGAAGCCAGAUGAAGACCCUUCAGACUCCGAUGAUGAUCCCACUCUGGUUCAGCGUAACAAACCGACAGCACCUGUAUACAUCCGCGAUCUCAUAACAUAUCUGCGUGACACGGAGAAUGUAGAACGCUAUGAGCUGGCACUGACUACAGCCCCAUCAUUGAUCCGACGUAAGACAGGGUUUGGCACCGAGCUUGCGGAAAACAUCGAAGAGCUGGCUCUUGUCACAGUCGGUCUGCAGGAACAAAGCAAACUACCCAAGUUUCACGAAUACCGCCUGCAAAGCAUGAUUGCUUUGGUCGUCUCUAACCCUCUGAAGAUGGGCCGCUGGUUCUCCGCAAUCUUUUUCGACGGCGAUCUCUCUCAGGUCCAGCGGUCAGCGGUCCUCACAGCCCUGGGUCUUAGCGCUCGUGAGCUAGCCGGCACCGGCCAGCAAGAUGCGGAAGCACUAGGUCUCCCGGCGCUGCCAGACUCGACCUUUGCAUCGAAAAAACUGCCUGCAAACCUGGAGGCCCUGUAUACGAACAACGAGUCCCCCAUUUCCAGCCUCACAAAAAAAUUAUCACAGGCAUCGCUCCAGCCGCUGGCCGCAAACGCUGCAGAUGCAGCAUCUGGGCCGAAUGCUCUGAAAGUCCGGACAUUUUCUUCGCGUAUGGAAGUCGAACAGAAACGCCAGCAGCGCGAGGCUCAGCGGCAGAAGUCGACGGUUAGAGAUCUACAUAAGGUCCUGUCGGAGGGGUUUUUCUUCCCUCUCAAAGGCCGCUUCGAAAUGAUGCUCAUACAGUUCUCAUCAUCUACCUCGCCAUCAUACAACCCCUUCUUUGUCCCUCAUAUCCUCUGUCUCUUCAUUCAGACACUCACUCUUAUUCUAUCAACAAUGGGCCCUCACAACCCCUUCCUACCGACCCUCACGCAUGAAACGCUGUCGUUUCUGCUCUCCCUGUACUCGCGACCUAUUUCCGACGACCCGUCCGUCUUGUCUGCACUUCUGUCCCUCUUCCUUGCGGUGAUCGACCUGAACGUUGCCUCCGGUAGCUCUGGUGAGGAACGUCUUGUCACUGAAUUUGCGACCCAAGUUCUCGAACUGCGUGAGUGGACUGGGGAAGUCUUCGACCGAACACCUGUGGUGCAAGGGGAUGAUCCAAGAGAACAGUUGAGGAUGCUGGCUGCUGGUGUUAUGGUCAAACUGGGAGAGGUAACGGAGAGGUACCAGGGGAGGUUGAUGGGCGUCAAUUCAGGGUUCAAAUACUAA